AUGGCAUCACAAUACAGCCUGGCCGAUUACGACUCUGACGAGGAACGCGCCAAAUACCCCCAAGUCCCGGAAGAUAAUCUCGCAUCUGCCGCUCUGUUCUGUGUGAAUAUGCUUGAAUCCAAGAACAUCAACUAUGCACUCUUCGGCGGCUUUGCCAUUCGCCUGCUGGGAGGAAAACGGGACACCCGCAAUGUAGACAUCCUGUUCCAGGGAAACAUAAAGGAUAUAUGGAGCAUUGUGGAGACGCAACAUCGUCUGGUUAUCCCUAGCAGCAGAUUGACCACCGAUAUUCUCAAAGUCCUUGUUCAUACUGGCCCUGGUUAUGACUCGUGUGAUGUACAAGUGCCGGUUGCGGUGACCCUCAUUGAGUCCGGUAUAAAUCAACCUUCCAUCAGAUAUCGAGGAAGUCCAAAAAGUUUGGCAACCAAUCGGCUUCUCUCUAGUGUUGACACCAUUGCGGGGCACCGGCCGAUCUAUGUCCUUGGAGUUUUUGACAUCAUCAACGUCAAGCUGGCCGCCUUCAUGCAUGAUCGUCUGGAUAAAGACAAAGAGGAUCUUUUGUUCCUCAUGCGGAAAUAUCCCGAAAAGGUUUGCACAAGAAUCAAAGACCUCGAUCAGGAGGCAGCUACCAUCUUUAUGGACUCGAUUCCUGACGACGUUCGCCCUGAGCUUACCGAAGAGAUUUUUAAUUUCAAAAUUCAUGGAGUGACUCCAAUGGCCCAUCGAGAAUAUUUUGGUUCUCCUUGA